UAAGGAAUGAAGGUAAACGUCAAAAAACGGGUACAAUCCCUGAGCCAAACUCGUGAAACAUGGAAGUACUGAAGUCGCGUUCCCUGGGGAUUCAGAGGAAACAGAAACCAAUCACAUGGGUCAAUAUCACAGAAACUGGUGAGUUGGAAAUUUAAGCCCAGUUUGGAUAAACUGAUCCAACACUCAAACGGACAAUUAAGGCUGUCACACAACAGAUAUGCCACACGCUCCCAUGUUCAAGUGCAAGACGACGGGAAGAUGCAGACGACAUUCCACCGAAUACAAUCACGGGGCAAGCGGUCAAGGUCACGGAACAGUUGGAACAAAUAGUGUUGGUCUCUACCGACAACUUAAUCGGAAUGGCAGCGAUUCUAGAAGAUGUAACCUGUUACCUAUGGGAAAGAAAAAUCGGCCUGUGUCAAACGGCACCCAUGGAAACAAGGAGCAUCCGAAACCUCCCAGUCCAUCAAGGACGAAAAACAAAAAAUCGACCAAUGGUGUUCCUCAGUAUCUUCUGAGAGUGGGAGUCAUGGCCGCAGUGGCAGCUGUGGUCACUUAUCUCGUCAUUAUGUAUGUCCCAAUGUCGUAUUUAACUUCCUUGAUUCCAGAAGAUUUAACAAGAUCAAAAACUCCACCUCUCACAUCAGAGUCUAGGCCCUCCCCACAGUCAAAAUCAUCAUCAAAGUCAUCGUCACAAUCAAAGCAAGGGUCAGAAUCAUCUCAAUCAAAGUCAUCGUCACAGUCAAGACAAUCACCAGAAUCAUCAUCACAAUCAAAGUCGUCGUCAUCGUCAUCUUCGUCAAAAUCAUCUACAUCAUCAUCAUCAAAGAACAGUGCUCAAAAUUCCUCAGAUAAAUCCAAGCCGAUUUCAACCGGUGGGUGGCAGUUAGCUAGUGAUAAAACUAACCAGCAGUUUGAUUCCUCUCUAUGUACGAUGGAUCGACUUUCGGUACGAGAUUUGACAAGUGAACAGUUUGAGAAAGUUUAUAGAUACAAGAAACCCCUGAUAGUGACGUUUCCUAAUGGAGCCAAGGACUGGACACAGCCUGACCGAUGGUCAGUGAAGAAUCUCAAGCGUGAGUACGGCAAGUGGUCAGUUCUGUAUGGAAAUUCACUGGAAAUUGUUCGAAGGGGAGGAAAUGGUCACAUGCAGACUUCGUUUACAGAAUAUGUUGAUAGGCUGAUGAAGGACAGAGAUGCCAUGGGCGAUCCCUUCUACAUCUUUGACCGAAGUUUCUACAACGAUUCAACUUUGCCCAAAACUUUAAAACCACCAAAAUAUUUCGAAAUUAAGGAUGGCAUUGAUGACAGUAUAUUUUUCAUGGGAGCAUCCAGCAGCGGAGUUAGUUUUCACAAACAUGCUGAUGCUUGGAAUGGCGUUAUCUUCGGACGGAAACGCUGGUUUCUCUAUGACAUCCACCAAACACCUCCUGGAGGUGUGUAUCCUGGGUUUACACAAGGGGAGUGGUACAAAAAGCUUUACCCUCACCUGGACGACGCCCACAAACCCCAGGAGUGUAUACAGGAGGCCGGGGAAAUAUUAUACCUGCCGGAGGGAACAUACCACGGCACCAUCAAUUUGGGUGACACUGUAGCAGUAGGUAUACAGAAGAAACGUGCUAAGACCAAGGAGGAGCGCCUGUUUUACGAGGAGCUGGCAGUCUCUAAUGAACUGGGUGGACUUUCACAAUCAGAUGAGAGAAAAAAGAAACUGGAGUCAAGAAAAAUUCAAAUUUACACCAAACUCCAACAAUUACUACCAGGUAAUGCUGAGGUGAAAAUGAAACAAGGACAGAUGUAUUUUGAUUUACAACGACUGAGGGACGGACUGGAAAACACACAGAAAGCAAUUGACCUUGACCCAAAUUUUGUCAUCGCUCAUCUUAACAAGGGCAAAAUACUCACACAGUUGAAGAAGAAUAAAGAGGCAGAAGCGGCUUACAACAAGGCUCUCGCCCUUAAUCCUGACCUCUGGGACAUCCACGCUGCCAUGGGAGACUUUUUCAUGAACAAUGGCCGUCCAGCCGAAGCAGUUCCACACUUCAAAAGGGGUACGGAACUACAGCCAGAUAUGAUGCCGUUCUGGUUGUAUCUUCAACAAGCACAACAGCAAGCAGGUGAUAAGGAAGCUGCCCUGAACACAGCGCAAAUUCUGAACGAGUUGCGCCUGAAAAACAUGAAGACAGAACCACUUCAACCUGUGAAGAAGUCUGGAUAAUAAAAAACAAAAAAAAACAGCGAAUACUGGAUAGCAGAUAGUACAGUACUGCCCACAGGGGUUUGGCACAAGUUUCCACUCCACAGUCCAUAUAUAAGUAUAAUAAUUAUGUAUAUGGACCAUCGGUUGGGGAUUUGAGCCAAGUCCCUGAGGUAAUGCCAGGAUAUAGAUUCUGUAGUCUGUGUUAUGUAGGUACUUGUAGAUGGUAUAUACUGUACCAGUUUAGCCUGACACAACAUGUCCCUGAUUUUACCAGGUAGUUGGGUUUUUUCUCAGGUCUACGAUUUAGUUGUGAAAAUAUUUAAACAUUUCUACAUUUUUCUGCCAUUGUGGUUGGCCAACAAUACAUUCCAAAACUUCAAACUUUCCUUGUCCCAGCUAGAGCAAUCUGUUCAGAUUAUGAUGAUAUAUCUUAGAAUUUAUAGAGAUUAUUAAAAUCUCCCACUUUUCGUUAUCCCAUAAAUCUGGGAGGACUGGAACCCCCUGCCUCCCUCCAUCUAUGUGACUAAUGUGAAAGUCUCAAAGUACUUUUUUUAAGGAAGCUGGUUAGCUUUAGAAUUUUGUUGGUAUAAGCACUUUUUAAAAUUUUUAAAAUUCCAACUUGAAUCCACUCCCUCCCAUCUCUAUAGCUGAUGUUAAAGUCUCAAAGACACUUUUAUAAUAAAAGUGGUUAUUUUUAAAACAUUUUGUAUAAGCCUUUUUCAAAUUCUAUAGCCAAUUUAUUUUAAUAUGAUAUUCAAGGGAGGUAAUUGGAGGGGAGAUUAUUUGAUGCAUUUAGUUUCUAAAAGUAACUAAAUUUUAUUUUUAUUUUUUUUAUUUUUUUUUUAUUUUUUAUUUUUUUUUAUUUUUUUUAUUUUUUUUUUUUUUUAUUAAAGAAACAUUUGGAACAAACCUGACAGUGUAUAGUACACUUGUGGUUUAGUUUACAAAUAAAUCCUCAAA